AUGUCAGUCGAGAAAGUUCUAGAGGGGAAAUGUAUCCCGAAUCCAAAGAUAAACGCUGCAUCAGUCAUGGUAGCAUAUGAAAUGUUGGAAAAUGGUUUUGUACCAGGAAAGGGAUUCAAGACCACAGCCGCAGAUAUAAAAAGAGCCAGGAAAUUGAAACAGAGGGCAUGGGUCCUUCCAAAUCCGGUCCCACAUCUUUCCAGAUCAUUUGUCAAGUCCGGUAUGAGGAGUCGCCUAGUGACAGCAAUUCCCAGUUCUAUGAUUAAUCCUAACAAGGAGUUGAUUGGAAUAUUUGAGAAGUUGUUCGAUAGUUUUUAUUGCACAAACAAUAUGGCUGAAUACGAGGCAUGCAUUUUGGGUUUGAGGCUAGCUGCAGAAAUGAAUGUUCGGGAAGUUCUGGUCUUGGGAAACUCAGAUCUUCUGGUGCACCAAAUUCAAGGAGAAUGGGAAAUGCGAGAUAUGAAGCUCAUACCAUACUGA